AUGGCUGGCCAUUCACAUAGAUCAUCCGUGAAAAACGGUCACAAGGCUUUCAAGUCAAAGCAUGCCUCCAAAGGUGCCUUGAAAAGAGUCUACAAGGGUAAAGUAGAGAAGGAAAUUGCCAAUAACAAAACUUUGAAGGGUGUUUCGAAAUUGCAACGUAGGAACACGGCAAGACAACUAAGAGAGAAGAAAAUAUUGGAAACUUUUGAAACCAGGAAACUGUUCGAGGGUGCCAAUGGAGCCGAGAAAAUUAUUACCGUCAUACCUUUAACCGCCGAUGUCUUUGCUAAUGAUAUCGUUUGCAAAUUGUUAUCUGCAGCAGAUUUGGGCGCCAAUGAGAUGGACCAGUUGAAGAUGGACGUGAAUGCUAAUGUGGCCAGUGUGAGAACUUUUAAGAUUCGCAAAUUUAAGAGUUCUUUAAAGAUUAUCAUCCCUGAUAUGUCAAAUUUUUUGAAUAUCUUAGAUGCUGCUAAAGUGGCAGAUUUCGUCGUAUUUGGAUUAAGUGGGACUUCUGAAGUGGAUACCGAAUUUGGUGAACAAAUCGUCCGUGCUUUAGAAUUACAAGGUAUUUCCUCAUUCUUAGGUGUAGUCACCAAUUUAUCAUCCGUACAUGAGAAGGAAAAAUUUCAAUUGGAUGUGAAACAAUCAUUAGAAAGUUACUUCAAACAUUUUUUUCCAAACGAAGAUCGUAUUUUUAAUUUGGAAAAACCUUCUGACUCAUUGAAUGCUUUAAGAACUUUAUGCCAAAAACUACCACGUCCCGUUCAAUGGAGGGAUAAUAGAGGUUAUUUAAUUGCCGACUAUGUUGAUGUUAUUGACGAUGGCAGUUCCACAGAGUUUUCUCAAUUGGUUGUAGGAGGUACUGUUCGUGGCGUUGGAUUCAACGCCGACAGAUUGGUUCAUAUUCCUGACUUGGGAGAUUUCCAAAUUGAAAGAAUUGAAAAGGUUAGUGCUUCUGCUAGAAAAAAUAUAUCUAAAUCAAAAAACGAUGGUGAUGAAUUAGACUUAAGUUUGAACAAUAUCAUGAAUGCUACCGCUAAUAGGGACAAUUUGGACGACUAUGCACCAGCUGAUUUAGAAAUGGAAGAUUGGACAUAUGAGGAUGAUGAUUUUGAAUAUGAUAACUUAAGUUCCGCUAGAUACGAUGACCACGGAUUCCUACCUGGUAGAGAACAAUUUCACAAGCAAGUGAAAGUUCCAAAGGGUACUUCUGACUAUCAAGCUAAGUGGUAUUUAGAUGAUGUAGUGGAUGAUGCAGAUGAACCUGAAGAAAAUGAUUUCCAAGAACGUUUAAUUGAAGACGACGCUGGAAUGACAUAUGAUAUGGACGUCGAUAACGAAGAAGAUGAGAAUAAUGAAGAUAGAGAAGGUGACGAAGAAAGUGAUGACGAUUUUGUUGAAUUGACAGUAGAAGAGGAAGAACGUCAAUUGAAAGAAUAUAGAGCAUUAGAACAGGAAGAUCGUGAGUUUCCUGAUGAAAUUGAAUUGGAUCCAUCCGAAUCUGGUAUUGAACGUUUGAAGAGGUACAGAGGGUUGAAAAAUCUGUAUAACUGUGUUUGGAAUGUGGAUGAAAAGGAUCCAUAUGCUCCGCAAGAAUGGAAGAGAUUGUUGAGAAUAGGAAACUACAAAAAUACCCGUAAUAGAAUUGUCAAGGAAGCUAAAUCACACGCACAAGUGAUAGCCGGUGAUCGUGUGAAACUUUUCAUCAAAUUCCCCAAAUUUCUGUUGCCUAAAAUCAAAGUUCCAAAUCAAAUAUUAUUUGCCGUAUAUGGAUUAUUAUUGCAUGAACAUAAAAAUGCUGUAGUUAACUUUUCAUUACAGAGAUGGGAAGAAUAUGACAAACCUGUUCCAUCCAAGGAACCAAUUGUGGUACAAUAUGGCAUAAGGAGAUACACUAUUCAACCUCUGUAUUCAGCAGAUUCCAAUAAUCCAAACAAUGUUCAUAAAUUUGAAAGAUUUUUACACCCAGAUGUGUUAUCAGUAGCUACCUGUAUUGCACCAGUAGACUUCACUCAAUCUCCAGCCAUUUUCUUCAAACCAUCAUCAACAGAUCCAAAGGGUAUAGAACUGAUAGGACAUGGUACUUUCUUGAACGCUGAUCAUACAAGAAUCCUAGCAAAGAGAGCAAUCCUCACGGGUCAUCCAUUCAGAUUCCACAAGAAUGUUGUUACCAUUCGUUACAUGUUCUUUAGAGCAGAGGAUGUGGAAUGGUUUAAAUCUAUCCCACUAUUUACAAAAACUGGUAGAUCCGGGUUCAUUAAGGAAAGUUUGGGUACUCAUGGUUACUUCAAAGCUACAUUUGAUACUAAGCUAUCUGCACAAGAUGCUGUUGCUAUGUCUCUUUACAAACGUAUGUGGCCAAGAACUUCAUUACCAUGGUCACCUGAAUAG